AUGCCAUCAAACACCGCAAUCGUCGUUCAGAAGCCUGGAGAGGCCAAGGCAGUUGAGGCCUCAAUCCCAAAACUUAGAGAUGAUUACAUCUUGGUCAAGACCAAGGCCGUUGCUUUGAACCCAACAGACUGGAAACACGUCGAAUGGCUUACCAGCAACGGAGCUAGAAUCGGAUGUGACUACGCAGGUGUCGUCGAAGAGGUCGGAAGUGCAGUUACCAAGGACUUCAAGAAGGGCGAUCGCGUAUGCGGUUUCUGCCACGGAGGAAACGAGGUCAACCACGAGGAUGGAGCGUUCGCAAACAUCAUCACUGCAAAGGGUGAUAACCAAAUCAAGAUCCCAGACAACCUCAGCUUCGAAGAAGCCGCUACCCUCGGUGUCGGUAUCACAACCGUUGGCCAAGGUCUCUACCAAUCCCUCCAACUUCCCCUCCCCACCUCCCCCGCCUCAACCAAAUUCCCCGUCCUCAUCUACGGCGGCUCCACCGCCACCGGCGCCCUCGCCAUCCAAUACGCCAAACUCUCCGGCCUCACCGUCGUCACCACCGCCUCCCCCCGCAACUUCGCCUACCUCGAAAGCCUCGGCGCCGACAAAGUCUUCGACUACAACUCCCCCACCUGCUCCCAAGACAUCAAAGACUUCACCAACGACAGCAUCAAACACGCCUUCGACUGCAUGUCCGAAGGAUCCAGCCCCCAGAUCACCGUCUCGGCCAUGUCCUCCUCCGGCGGCGUCUACAGCACUCUCCUCCCCGUCGCCACCGAAGAAGUCCACAAGUACAACGCCAAGGUCGAGAACAAAUCCACCCUCGGCUACACCUGCCUGGGCGAGAGAUUCACCUUUGGCGCCACCGAAAUGCCCGCCAAGCCCGAGGACUUUGAGUUCGCAAAGACUUUCUGGGAGAUGUCCCGCGGUCUCUUGGCCGAUGGAAAGAUCAAGGUUCACAAGGUGUCCGUGAACAAGUUUGGUGAGGGCUUCGAGGGUAUCUUGAGCGGAAUGCAAGCUGUGAAGGAGGGUAAGGUUAGUGGUGAGAAGUUGGUCUAUACUUUGUAA